AUGUUAUACAUGAAUCGAUAUUAUAUUUUUUCAUUUUCUCAAUUAUGUAUUUUAUUUCUUUUUGUUGCGUGUCAUAAUAACAAUAGUGACAACGAUCAUUUAAAAUCGAAUGCUAUUAUCGAUAAAAAUCGAGAACAUUCUCACAAUAUUAUUUUAACAACAAGUACACAAAGAUCCCCCAUAUAUUUUCGAAAUCAAAUUCCUCCACCAACAUCAACAACUACAAAAAUGUCGUUGACCAUUUCAGCAAAACCAGAAAAAAUGAUGUAUAAAGAUUUGAAACCUGUUGAAAAUUUUAUCAAAAUAUUUAUGGUUGGUAAUAAUGUUCUAUUACAAAAUCUCACUGCAACAAUGACUGAAACAUUUAUUCAUGACACAAUCGAACAAUCAAAUAAUGAUAAUUAUCAUCAUGAAUUCAUUCCAUCAAUAUCAACGAUGAACGAUAUGUCAAAUUUUUUUUUCUCUAACUUCUUAUCACAACCAUCAAGACGUACUCAUAACUCAUCAAUUUCCAUGAUUAUGACAUCAAUCAAAAACCCAAUAUUCCAAAGUCCACCGUUCAUCUCGAUUCCAGUUCCACAUGAUACACAAAUGUUUAAUAAUAUUAUAAACAACAAUUAUGAUCCGAUAUUGUCUGCAAUAAUGCAAGAACUUAUGUAUAAAAAUAGGCAAAUCACAACAUCAACGUCAUUUGAUCACACAAUAGAAAAUACGCCAACGCCAAUGACAGUAAAAACGAUACAAUUACCAACACAAAUCAGACCGACACCUAUUGUCAAACUAAAAGAAGAUGAAAAUAGAAAUGUUAGAUUCUAUCAACAAUUAUUCCGUUUCUUAUUUGAAACUGCCAGUGGUUUAAUGUUAUUGUCAAUUUUAUCUAUUAUGUUAUGCUUUUGGAUAAUUGCUGUUUCUAUACAUACACCAAAACAUCAUCAUACAACUAUUCGUUAUAUACCGAUGGAUAAUAAAGAUCCUAGAAAACAGAUACACAAGUUACUUCAACAACAUGAUUGUAGUGUUUAG